AUGGCUCGUUCAUUCUAUGAAGAUGAAGAACAUCUAACACCUCUACCAGGUACAACACAACCAGCCACUAAGCAAGAACUAGAAUCUUUAUCACCAAGACUAGUCAAUGGUGCUUCUGUUAGAUCACCAUCUUUUCUACAAUCUAAAAUUGAAUCAAUCAGAACUUUCUUCAACCAAACAUGGAUCUCCACUGAAGAUAAAUUAGAUCAGCUAACAACAUCAUACCAUACAAAAGAACAACAUUUUUCCACAACAAUUGCCAAACUUCACGAUAGAGACGAAGAUCUAUUACCAGGUUCAAUAUAUAUCGCUAUAGCCGCUCUUACAGGUUCAAUCAUUACACGUCGUUCAAACAUUGUCUUUAGAGGUAUAGCACCAGUGAUACUUGGUACUUUAGCUUUCAAGUUUGCAUUACCAAUUACUUUCAAGAACUCAACUUCAUUUUUACACAAGAUUGAGCACGAAAAUUUACCUCAAAUAACUAAUAAGCAAGAUGAAUUAGUGGGUAAAGUUGAAAGCUUGGUUAACAAGAGUGAAGCAGAGUAUAAAAAAAGUGUUUCAAAAUUUGAUACUGGUGUUGAAGAUUUGAAAAGGGGGAUUAAGAAAUAUGGUGGGUUAAAUGUUGACGAUGUUGUUACGAAGAAAUAG